CAUUGCAGAGAAGACAAAAACCCCCAGCCUGAAUCCUGCUGGUGGGUGCAGGAUACAAAUAAAGGCUUUUGAGCAUAACAAAAAGACUCAGGCAUCAUAACCGGAUAACAUUUAGAGAAGACGCACAGUGAAAUAGCUGGCUGCAGUGGCCCUGAACAGUCAAACCUCAUUUCCUGCACAGAAAUAAUCACGAAAAUUAUGCGAUCUCGCAGCAACAGCUUGGAAAACUCUGUGAGGAGAAAGCGUUCCCAGCACCAUGUGCACUCUCGACACAGGAAAUCAGAACAAGAAUCACAGAUUGAAGAGACUGCUGGGGCCAAGUGGACAGCUGGUGAACAUGAUGCUUUCCAAAAUACUGGAACUAUUCUAAGGAAUCACAAGAAGAGAUUACCACAGGACCACAAAACAAGAGGCAUAACAGCAGGGAAGGGCAAGGACCUGUCAAGGGAUGACCUCCUUUUCCUGCUCAGCAUGCUUGAAGGGGAACUCCAGGCACGAGAUGAAAUUAUUACUGUGCUCAAAGCUGAAAAGAUUGACCUGGCAUUGCUUGAAGCUCGUUAUGGUUUUGUUACACCACCAAAAGUACUUCAAGCUCUUCAGAGAGAUGCAAUUCAGGGGAAGACCAUAGAGUGGCAGGAAGACAUUUAUGAGAAACCAGUGGCUGAGCUGGACAAGGUAGCAGAAAAACAAAAAGAGACGCAUCGCCGCAUGCUGGAGCAGCUGCUACUAGUUGAAAAAUCUCACAGACAAACCAUCUAUAAGCUGGAGGAUGAGAAAAAGAAGCACUCAGAGUAUAUGAAGAAGAGCGAUGAAUUCACUAAUCUUCUAGAGCAGGAACGUGAAAGGCUCAAGCUGCUGAUUGAUCAAGAAAAGAAUCACGGGGCAUGGAGAGAGAAAGAAAACAAUAAAAAGGUGAGCAAGCUGAAGGAAGAACUGACAAAGCUUAAAACAUUUGCUUUGCUGGUGGUUGAUGAACAGCAAAGAGUAUCUGAACAGCUUGUACAACAAAGCAGCAAGGUCCAGGAACUAACAGCUAGCAUCAGAGAAGUUCAAGAAAAUCUCACCUCUGCCCGAUCUGAACUGCACAAAGAGGAACAAAAGGUACUCCCUCUAGAAGCCAAGCUUCAACAUCAAUCACACCACUUUCAUCAAGAGCAGGAGGUCAUGACAGCCAAACUGACCAAUGAAGAUGCACAAAACAGGCAGCUUCGACAGAAGCUAUCCACCUUAACGCGGCAUAUUGAUGAGCUGGAGGAAACCAAUAAGACUUUAAGAAAAGCCGAGGAGGAACUUCAAGAUCUGAGAGACAAAAUCAAUCGAGGAGAGUGUGGUAAUUCAAACCUUAUGGCUGAGGUUGAAGACCUUAGGAAAAGAGUAAUGGAAAUGGAAGGAAAAGAUGAGGAACUCAUCAAGAUGGAGGACCAAUGUAGAGAUCUUAAUAAGAAACUGGAGAAAGACUCUACCCAUAGUCAAAAUCUGAAAAGUGAGGUGGAUAAACUGAAUCGAAGAAUAAUGGAGCUAGAAAAGCUGGAAGAUGCUUUUAGCAAGAGCAAACAAGAGUGUUGCUCACUGAAAUGUAGUUUAGAGAAAGAAAGAACAAUAACAAAACAGUUGUCAAAUGAACUAGAAUCACUGAAAGAAAGAAUACGAGAACUAGAAGCUAUUGAGGUACACCUGGAAAACACUGAGAUGUCCCUGAAAGAAGACCUUAGUAAGCUUAAAACAUUAACAGUAAUGCUGGUUGAUGAAAGAAAUACCAUGACAGAGAAGUUAAAAGAAACAGAGGAGAAACUGAACAGUGUCACAGAUAAGUUGCAAGUCGAACAGGAUAAAGUGACAUUAGUAACUGAAAAAUUAAUAGAGGAGAGCAAGAAAUCACUAAAAUCUAAGGCAGAUCUUGAAGAAAAAUUGUACAAUGCAAAUAAGGACAGAGAGGAGCUUAAGGCCAAACUGAAAACUGAGGAUGAAAAAAACAAUGACUUACAAUGUAAACUUAACAUGAUGAAAAGGAAACUACAGUCACUGGAAGCCAUAGAAAAAGAGUUUUUGAGAAACAAGGCCAGGCAAGACGGUAAAGUGUCCUGUGCUGCAUUUCUACAAGAGGACAACAAAGUGAAGGACUUGACAAAAGAGGUGGAGCAUUUGAGACAGAAGCUAUCCGAGAUGAAGGUGGUAGAAAAUGACCUCCUGAGGACAGAGGAUGAGUUUGAAUCACUAGAAAGAAAAUAUGCAUCUGAGCAAAACCGGGCAAAGACUUUAAUGGAAGAAUUAGAAGCUUCAAAAAAAGAACUUUGCAAAUAUAAAAUGGUAGAGAAAGAGGAAUCCAGCCAGGAGCAAAUCCUCUAUAAGCGCCUGAAAGAGGAGGAGGCAAAGUCAAGCCAUCUUACCAGAGAGGUAGAAGCACUGAAAGAUAAAAUCCAUGAAUAUAUGACAACAGAAGACUCAAUCUGUCAAGUCAAAAGUGACCAUGCAGUGCUACAAAGAAAACUGACCCAGCAAGAAAAUAAGAACAAAGAGCUAGCUCGAGAAAUGGAAAACAUCACCAAAGAACUUGAAAGAUACAGGCGCUUCAGCAAGAGCUUAAGACCUGGACUAAAUGGUAGAAGGAUUUCAGAUUUGCAAGUCUCUUCUAAAGAGGUGCAGACAGAUCCAGUUGACAAUGAACCACCUGAUUACAAAACUCUUGCUCACACAGAAAAGGCUAUUGUAAAUGGCAAGUUGUAUGAUGAGAAUGAUUCCGAGGAAGAAAUCAAUCACAACAAGCAGUCUCUUACAAAAUACACUCCAACUGCUGUGAACAAUGUCAACAACCUUAAUAACAACAGGAUGUCAAAGGUUUCAUGGGGGAAAAACAAAGAUGGUCAAAAUAUUCUGAAUGGGAAAGGGAAACCAAGACAAAAUGGAAACCAUGUCCACCCAGCAGACUUGGUACUCACUCACACUCCUGGCCAGCCACUGCAUAUCAAAGUCACUCCUGACCAUGGUCACAACACUGCAAUGCUUGAGAUCACCAGCCCAACAUCAGAAAAUUCCCCCUCUUACACCAGCACAGCUGUAAUCCCAAACUGCAGUGGCGGGUUAUCCAAGCAGAGAAUCACUAUCAUCCAAAAUGCUGCCCUGUCUCCACCUGGCAAAUCUAAAGCAUCUCCAACUUCUGACGGACUUUGUAGCCCAGAAAGAACCAUGUCACCUCUUACAAUGGCAACUUACUCUAGGACAAUGACUCCAGACUCUUGUGGUUCUAUAAGUCCUGAUAGGGCAAUGUCACCAAUCCAGAUUGUAGCUGUCACAACCAGUUCUCCAGAACGAUCACUGUCUACAGAACAUGUGGAAAUGAGCAGUAGAAAUGCAGUGUUUCGGGUUACUCCAGAGAGACAACAUAGUUGGCAGCUACAGAGGUCCAACAGUACCGGACCCAGUGUAAUUACAACUGAAGACAAUAAAAUUCAUAUUCAUUUAGGCAGCCCCUAUGUUCAGACAAAUACAUCCAGGCCUAUGAGCCCUUCGUAUAUUUCUGGGCAAGAAAACAGGACUCCUGUUUUAACAAAUGGUAUGCCCAUCAAAUCAGCCAACAAAAUCACCAGCAGCAUUACAAUAACACCAGCAACUUCCCCUAUCCUAAGGCCUUCACAGAUUACAAUCCUACCUGAGGCAUUCCGGCACCCAGGACCAACUAGGAUUCCAAAACCAAAGGCUUGUACCACUUCUAAAGGACCAUCUACCACAAUCAAUACAGCCUUCUCCAAGUCACAGGACACUUCUGCCAGCCAGUCAGGAAAAAGUAUGAAAACUCUACCUACCAAACUCAAUAUAAGCCAGGCUGGGAAAAUGUGAACUCUAUUGACCUUUUU